AUGUACUGGAUGGCAUCACCCCAGGCGGAGAAAGGCCGUCGUGGACUAACGGAGGCAGCACAACCCGUGCUCAAGCACCAGGCACUGGUUGGGCAAGAAGCGCUGACUGAGUGCCACGACCAGAACAGCGCUUGGGGGUACGAGUACGUGCGUGGGCUCGUAGCGGGCCGACACUCCCCUCAAGCGUACUGCUGGGUAGCCCAACAACUGCAACUGCGUGCUCUCGCAGCCAAGACAGCUCGUCCCAACUCAGGCAGUUCGUCCAUGUACCAUGACGGCGAUACGGAGUCGAAUCCUGCCGCCACCUCCAACCGGCAGGUCGCUAACGUCGCCAGCUCGACAUGCUACCUGGGCGACACCUCCAUCGUCCCCGGUAGUGCUGGGGGACGUGUGCCUGCUAAGGCAGUGGGCUGCUGUAUGCGUGUCCACGACAUUGGAUUUCUGGCUGCUGGCGCCUGGACAGCUCACCGUGCUGCGAGGGGAAAACCGCCAGCUGGCCGUUUCCCCUCAUGA